GUUAUGUUGUUAGGGCAGUGUGAUUACUUUUAUUGUGAAGUUUUCUUGCUUCUAGUAAUAUAGAAGUUUCAGCUUCAGGGCUCAUGUUUAUCCUCUUAUUUUUCCAGUACAAUGACAACAAUGGGAAUCCUUACUCAGAUGUCUUUUGGCUUUCUGCAUUAGUCCAAUCGGUUGGUGAGCUUGAGUUUGGGCAACAGAGUAUUCUAUUGUUGUCAUCACUUCUCAAACGCAUUGACCGGCUUCUACAAUUUGAUAGUCUCAUGCCAAGAUAUAAUGGAAUCUUGACUAUCAGUUGUAUCCGAACAUUGACCCAGAUUGCUUUAAAGCUUUCGGGGUUCAUUCCUCUUGAUCGAGUUUAUGAACUUGUAAAGCCUUUUCGUGACUUGAAGACACUCUGGCAAGUUCGAAUUGAAGCAAGCAGAGCACUCCUUGACCUUGAAUUCCACUGCAAGGGCAUUGAUUCAGCAUUGCUUUUAUUUAUCAAGUACUUAGAGGAGGAGCAUUCCUUAAGAGGACAGUUAAAACUAGCCACCCAUGUUAUGAGGCUAUGUCAGAUGAGGGAUGGAUUGAAUUCAGAAGAGGAAAUUACUAGUCAAACUCUUGUCUCUAUGCUUAAUUUACUGGAAGGGCGUACUGCUUUUAAUAAUGUCUUUCUCCGGCAUUAUUUGUUCUGCAUACUACAAAUACUUGCAAGAAGACCACCAACUCUUCAUGGGGUUCCCAGGGAAAAUAGAACGUUGCAUAUAAGUCUUACAGAAGCUUGUAACUAUCAGAAGAACAUGUUUGUUCUUGAUUCGGAUAGCAAACCUUUGGAUCUGCCAAGCUCUACUCAAAACCCUACACCAAAUCUUGGCCUGGAUGGUUUGAGGGAUGCACUUAACGAAGCUUCUAAGGACCCACCUGAUGAAGCUCCGACACAGGUGCCUCCGACACAGGUGCACAUUGAAGCUCUGAAUGAAGCACCCAUAGAGAAAGCCGAAGAAGUAUAUACUGAAUUUCCACAAGAAGCACCAAUGGAAGCUCCAAAUGAAGUUUCCAAGGAAGCUGAUACUGUAUCGAAUAGCCAUGAAAGAAAGAGGCUCAUUAAAAUCAAGGUCAAACAAUCUUCUGCCACCAGUAGGGCUGAUACUGAUAAUCAAGUGGUUGAACGUUCUUUAGGUGGUCGUAACGAAAUGGACCAUGGAGCUAGCAGUUCAGUUUCUGUAGAUGCACCCCAGAGGAAUUUUCCCGAGACUCUUAGCAUGAGUAAUCAAAAUAUAGACGAAGUUAAUUCUUGGCAUGAUCGUGGUUCGCGCAUGACUGCUAGCAUUGGUAGUGCUAAAUUUUUGAGUGACGGUGAUGAAUUGGUCAAAGAACUUCAGUGCACUGCUGAUUCAAGUAUAGUUUAUUCACAACCUCAGCCAGAAGAUCCGUCAUCAUCCAGUAUUAUACAGGAUAACAAUGUAGAUGCUGAUGCACGACGAUAUGCCAGCCUUCAAACUCUUUCAGUUGCAAGAUUUGAUCCUGACGGAGAAUCAUUAGGUAAAGAAAUUUCUGCUCGUGGCAAGGAAAAACACAAAAGCAAGGAAAAGAAACGAAAACGGGAAAGUAAUAAAGGACAUCAUGAUGAUCCAGAAUAUUUGGAGCGAAAACGACUAAAGAAGGAGAAAAAACGACGGGAAAAAGAAAUGGCAAAACUUCAGAGUGAUGAAGCGAAGAGAUCCUCUGUAGACUUGUCAAGUAAGAAAGAGGAACCUGUAGUGGACGUUACCAGACAGAUUAAAUCUGUUGAGCCCAGCGACGGACAUAAUUCUAAAUUAGAAACCAAAAAGAUUGAUAGCAAACCGGAUCCAUCUGAAGGCACAUCCGGUGCACCAAAAAUUCGAAUUAAAAUUAAAAACCGAAUGCUCAACAAGUCAUAGAGAAUAAGAUGUCCAUUAUUUUGUAGAUGCUAGAAUGAAAAUUACAACGCCUUCAUAUUUUCUGGGUUGUAUUUUUCUUUUCCUUACCCGGCGUACACGAAUUAGGUAUUUCCAAAUAUUGAUUCGAUGAGCUUCAUUCGUUGUUAGUUCUUAACUAUGAUUGGAGAGAUGUAUAUGAUUGCAAUUUCAAUCAUACAAUAUUUGUUAUCGAUGUAAAUGAUGCGUAUCACGAUUUUGUUUAGGAUAUUGUUGUAAAUUUGUAACUUGAAGUUGUAAAUUUAUAAUUUUGUUGUGGUC